CAGAUUUGUCACAGAAAGUUGUGUGUUGCCGUACGGAGGUAGGUGAAAACAUUGGCAACAAUCUCCACCACCAUUUUCAUGCAACUGUAAGCAUAACAUAAUCUAGUUUUUCCCUAACAUCUGUCGCAAUAAUUUAGCGAUUCAGCUAAACUAAAUUUAUCGUUGAACAUUUGAAAUGCUGCUGAACAUCAUAAAUGACGUCAGUGUUAGAGAUGUGUUUGUUAAGAAAACAAUAACAAGAAACUCACGUCAAACUAAAACUUUAAAAACGUCUCCCGUUGACGUCAUGGUUAAAGACGCCGGCCCAGGAAGAAACGUGGGUCUAAAACGAGCGACCGUUGAAGAAAGAUUUUCAAUGCCAGACCACACUCUUCUCUACCACGGAACAAGUUCUGAAAAUGCUGCGUCUAUUUUAACCUACGGCAUAGACCUAAACAGUGGCAAGCCGAAGCAGAAUUUUUCCCACAAAGACGGUUUUUAUUUGUACCACGACUUCAAGCACGCCUUGAGAUGGGCCCACAAGAAACACGAGGACGACUACGCUGUGAUUGUCUUCAGAGUGCCCAACCCUUUACUGGACAGGGAGGCUAACAACGGCCUUGACCUACGAGAUUAUAAAGACUCCGAGGUUUUGGAGAAAUGGAAAACUGUCGUACGGUUGUGCCGUACCGGAAGCCUUUAUAUGCCUGAGUGGCGAGAGUUUGAAAGUUUUAGUUUCAUCCAGGGUCCGAUCUGUAUCAACCACAGGGACAUGAUCAAGAGAAACCGACCGCCCAGAUACUUUUUUCUACACCGUAAGGUCUCCCAGCAGCUGUGUGUGAGGACCGAGAGCUAUGCUGAGCAAUUUGGUGACAUCUCAAAUAUAUGCUCGGUUAUUUUCUAUGUCGAUUGAACUUUUAUUUAGCUGAUGUGUGAAUAUAUUCUA